GGAAACCGGAAAGGGAAAAAAAAAAAAUCCAAGUGCAACCCCGCCCUCAAAACCCUUCAAUUUCCACCCAAAACCCGCCCCGCCCGCCGCCGUGACGUCACGCGCUCCGCCGCUCAGUGCGACGUGUCCCUCGGCCGGCGGCAAUCAUGGAUCAGGUAAUGCAGUUUGUGGAACCCAGCCGUCAGUUUGUAAAAGAUUCCAUACGACUUGUUAAGAGAUGCACCAAGCCUGACAGGAAAGAGUUCCAGAAGAUUGCCAUGGCAACAGCAAUAGGCUUUGCGAUAAUGGGAUUUAUUGGUUUCUUUGUCAAGUUGAUCCAUAUCCCAAUCAACAAUAUAAUUGUAGGUGGCUGAAUAUUCAUCAUGAAGAAGACAGUUGUGACACCUGCUGCAAUGAUUUCACAGCUUUAAUUUGUUUGAUAUUAAACAAGCUCAGUUUGCAUUUUCAAA